UUCCUCCCAGUCUGUCUGUCGGACAUUCAGCCCAACAUGCCAGAAGCAUGACGGAGAACUGGUUGAGCUGGAAGGAGAGGAGAGGAGAGGAGCAAUGUUAGAGAAAAGUUUUCUUCAAACGGGAAACAUGGAGCAAAGCGGCUCAGAGCUGCAGAAAAGCUGAGUGAUGGUCGGAAAGUUUUACCUCCGGAAAGCCUGACGAGGAAAUAAAACAUAAAGAGUAUGGCGCGCCGCUCUCAGUGUUCCUCUGCUGGGGAUAAUCCCCUGGACCCCAACUACCUCCCUCCCCACUACCGGGAGGAGUACCGCCUGGCUAUUGACGCCCUGGUUGAGGACAGCUUGGAUGGAUACUAUCACUUGCUCCAAAACGUGGACGUUGUGGACUUUCUGUCACCGGAUGAAAUCCAGUACAUCCAGAGCGUCGUUCAGCCUCCGAAGCAGAGCAUCCACCCUGAGCAGCAGUUCCUGGAUUGUGAGGGAGAAGGCUCCUCGGACACCUACUGGCCCAUUCACUCUGACCUGGACGUGCCGGAUCUGGACCUGGGCUGGCCUCAGGUGCAUCACUUCGUUGAACCCACGGAGGUCACGACCCUCGUUAACCCCCCUGAACCGGACAUGCCGAGCAUCAAGGAGCAGGCGCGACGACUGAUCAAGAACGCCCAGCAGGUCAUUGCCAUAGUGAUGGACAUGUUUACUGAUGUGGAUAUUUUUGCGGAUAUUCUCAACGCUGCAGGGAGGAGAGUUGCCGUCUACAUCCUGCUGGACGAACACAACGCUGAUCUCUUUGUUAACAUGGUUGCCAACUGUAGAGUAAACCUACAGGCCUUUCCAUUCAUACGCGUGCGAACGGUGUCUGGGAUAACAUAUCAGUGCCGCUCAGGAAAAACCUUCAAAGGCCAGAUGAUGGAUCGCUUCCUGUUGACCGACUGCAGAGCUGUGCUGAGUGGAAACUACAGUUUUAUGUGGUCUUUUGAGAAGCUCCACCGCUGCAUGGCGCACCUGUUCCUCGGACAGCUUGUGACCACCUUCGAUGAGGAGUUCCGGAUUCUGUUUGCUCAAUCUCAGCCGCUGAAUGUUGAAAACAUGCUCUCCCGGAUAGAGGAUUUAAGAGUUUUACAGAAGAGACAAUUUCCAAAUGAAAGCACUUCAAAGUACAGAGAGCCUAAAAGGUUCCUGUCUCUGGACGUUCCCUCUGAUGAUUGGGCAGGACAUUCUUACGAUGAGCACGCAGGCGGGAGUUUAAGGAUUAUGGCUAUGAAAAGGCAGGGGGCCGUUCGUGGCCCUGCUGAUAUGUAUAAUAGGUAUGGUUCCCAGCAGACCCUUGUGGACCCUUCUUUUGAUCAGGGCCCAGCACGGAUUUUGAUGACAGAUAAUCCUGCCUUAAAGCGUCAUUCUUAUGCCGGAGAUGUUCCAGGGAGAUACUCCUUGCCAUUCUUGCAACAACAGGGAAUGCCUGACUCCGAACCGAGAGGAAAGCUUUUUCACAGAGACCAGCAGCUUUUUCCGGGACCAGGAGCAGAAGAAGACUACAGCAGCUAUGAGAAGUUCUGGAACCAAGGCUAUAUGCAAGCAGAACAGUUCUCUGUACCAGGUUUACAACAAGAGGUACUACCACCUGAAUUUGACCCUGUUCUUAACUACUUAUCAUCUACCAGAAAUCUAGACUUGGAUCAAGGCUCAGAUAGAUUACUACCUCCAGCGGAUAUACCUUUUACUUCCCCUCACCCCAAAAGACGGGGGGUAAGACAGCCAUAUGUCGGUCAAACCUCUCCUACAUCUUCAAACUCAGAUCAGAAGCCUUUUAUCCGUGACGCCACGAUGAACCGCAAGGAUCCCACUGUAAAACAGAAGCUUAGAAACUGGAGGAUUGGCUCAUACCUCAGUGCACAUGAUAAUCCAGAGGAAGAGGCCAUCCCAAUUGAGCCGACUCAGCAGCCAGAUCCUUUCGAAGAACCUGUGGUUCCGAUCCAACAAACUGCCCCUUUAGCGGACUUGCCAUUUCACAAAAUCCCCAACGUGAAAGAGUUUAAGGUUAAUACUGUACCUAGGAUUAGCCAGAUUCCCAGCUACGUCAAAGCACCACCUCAAGAGAAGCCGAAGACAGUCCUGGAUGAGCCUGCUUCAGUGACGGCUGAAACAAAAACCACUCCAACACUUUUUGAAACUUCCUCCACCGCUGAGGUAAAAAAAGAUGAGGAACAGGACCCAAAACAAACAAAAACCCCAAGGCUUCAAAGGGAUGACUCUUUUAGGAAGAAAUACAAUGCAGCAAUGCAGAGAAGCUCCAGAUUAAGAUCUUCCCUGAUAUUCAGUUCCCUUGACCAGCAAAACCCUCAAGAAACUACUAUUGCAGAUCAAGAAGAUGAGGGAGGUGACAAAAGCAAAACCGAACAGACCAAACUCCCCCUUGUGUCUCAUGUUUUGGGACAAAGGAGGUCUACUGCAAGAGAGCCAAUUGAGUGGAGUCGUUACAUAAAACCUACCUCAGAAGCACAAAAAACAGAUAAGGAUGAGGAAAAAGACUCAUCAAGUGGGAAAGAUUCCCAAGACCUUUCAGAAAUGCCAGAGGGAAAGGAGCCAUUAAAACACACAGAUGAAGAGCAAGAUAGUGUUUCAUCAUUGAUGCCUACUUUUGUAGAUAUGAACGAUCCAGAUAACAGGCUCAUGUUUUUUAAAGAACUUGCAGCGCAGCGUAAAGCCGCCAGGGCAUCAGAAGCUCAAACGAAAAAAGAUAAGGGAGAGUUAAAACCACAACCUGAGCCCAAAACUACUUCAAUUUUCCAGAAGAAGGACCCUGUUUCAAAAGAAACUCCUGAAACUUCAGUAGCUAAGGAUUUAGAAAAGACACCUGCUGCAGAGAGUGGAAAUACCAGCAAAAAAGACUGUAAUAGCACUAAAACUGCCAAUGAACAAAAAACUGAAACCAAGAAAACUGAGAAGGACCUUCAGUCAUUGGUUAGCCUUUCUGUUUCGACCGAAACAGACCAACCUACUAAUAAACCUUCAGAAAACCCAACCGUGUCAAAUCCACUGAUGCCUCAAUCCAAAUCGAUGAAAGCUGAAUUGCCUAAAACUGAUCAAGUGCCAGACCUGACCAGCCCAUUUCUCACAGCUUCAUCAUAUGUAGAUAUGAAUGAUCCUGAUAAUAGGCUGAUGUUCUUUAAAGAGUUGGCAGCCAAACGAAAAGCUUCAGCAGCCAAAAAGGGAAAAGAAAAGGCCCAAAAAGAACCUCUGACAGAACCCCAGAACACUUCAGUUCUCCAGAGUGAACAGAAUCCUCCAAUGGGAACACUAGAAAGUAAAAACACUUUUCUAAGAGAGGGUUUGUCAAUGAAAAACACUAUGUCCCCAGAGACAUCAGGGAAUGAAAAUACAAGGAAGAAGGACAGUCUUGUAAAAAAUGAUUCUAUUACUCUCAACACCUCUGAAGAACAAGCUCCCAAAGUUACUGCUGAAACGGUUAGAACAGACAUACAAAAGCAGUCUGAUGAACAAACAGAAACAAGUCAGAGCAAAUCACCAGAACAGUCAACUGUAUCAGAGCCAUCUCUUGAAAUAAAAUCACCCAAGCAAGCAAAUGCUGCUGACGCUACUGUUUCAUCUUGUAUAAACAGCGCUGACAAAAGAGAAAACCUUACUUUAGAAACUGUACCAGUCAUUCCCAGUUUAAUGGACGGUUUAACAUCUUCUGAAUCGUUUCAACCAGAAACCAACAUCUGCUCCACUCCACUUCCAUCUGAAGCAGAACCUGCAUCAACCAUAGGCUCAUUAAAUCCACCAGAGCACACCUCUACCUCUGAUAGCCCUCCACUUGUUUCAGAUUUGCAGAAACACCCUGUUGCUGCAAAACAGACAUUGCCUUCUGAUUCUGCCCAAGAAGUCUAUAGCCCCCCAAAUGAUACUAUAACACUGCCACCAAAUGUUGAUGAAAUCAAACCUAAGCAAGAAUCCUCCAAAGACACUUUAGAAAUCUCCGACAGCCAACACAACCAAACUCAUCUGGAAGAUAUUCCCAAAUUUGAAAACACCUCAAUGGACAAUGCUAAAAUUGUAAAGACUGAUGUUUCUCCAGACAAACAAGCCGCUGUUCUGGAGCCUAACAAGUUAAAUUCCAGCACAGGGAUAAAUAGGGAAGAAGCUACUGUUAUACCUUCAGUUGAGGGAUUAGGGGAAAAUAGUAUUAAAUUAGAGCAAGAAGAGCCAGUUGCAAAAGAAUGUAAGCCUCUUGAAUCACCUGAAGAUCCUAAAGCUUAUAGUGGAUCUCUGGCUGUUUGCUCAUCUACACCUGAUACCAGUUUGUUCUGUGAAUUGGGUCCAGAAGGCUCAGUUUCAGAGCAACAUUUGGAAAAUACAGCUUUGUCUAAUACAGCUUCAGGUGACACCCACACCCAGUCUCAUAUUACCUCAGCUGUGGAGAAAACCGAACAUCCCCAAGACACUUCAACGCAAAAUGCUCUCUCCUCUUACGUAAAUCUAACAGAUAUGAAUGCACCCCCAGUAGUUGAAACAGCAUUGCCCCCCGCAGUGUCUGCGGUGUCAAACCUUGCAGAUACUACCUCUAUGUCAAGUGAGACUCAACCACAAUCCAAGGGAUCAGCUCAGACACCGAAUGAACCUACUACGGUUGCCACAGCUAAAGUCGAUUUGCUCUCCAAAGCAUCUGAUGCUGUCUGUCCUGAAAGCCAAACAGCAGAACCACUUGCGCUUAAAGACAGGAGCCAGGAGCCACUAACAGAGGAGUCUGUGAGCAGAGAGAGAACAAAGGACAAUUCCAAGCAGAGGAACAACUCUGAAAUGACUGAGGUAACAUCCAAUGAGACCAAACCAAAAUCAGAGGAAUCUCUUGAUCAGCCAAUAGCUCAGUCACUGAGUGGACCUACCAUGGUCUCCCCGACUGAUGCUGAUUUAGUAUGCAAACCAUCUGAAGCAGUCAGUCCUGAGAGUCAAACACCAGAGACACCUGUGCCUCAGGAAAGUAGUAAGAAAGAUCAGAAGUUAGUGAAGACAGAUGAGAAAAAAUUUGUCAAUUUAUUUGACAAAGAUAAGAGCCAGGAACCAUCUACCGAGGAGUCUGAAAGCAAAGAGAAAUCAAAAGACAAGCAAAGUAACCAUUCUGAAAUUACUGACGUGACGUCCAAUGAGACCAAACCAAAAUCAGAGGAAUCACUUGAUCAGCCAAGAACUCGGUCAUUGAAUGAAUCUACAAUGGUGGUCCCAACUAAGGAAGAUUUAGUAUGCAAAGCAUCUGAAGCAGUCAGUCUGGAAAGGCAAACACUAGAGACACCUGCGCCUCAGGAGAGUAGUAGAAAAGAGCCUGAGUUACCGGAAACAGAUGAGAAAAAGUCCAGUAGUCUACUAUAUAAAGAUAAGAGCCAGAAACCAUCCACUGAAGAGAAUGCAGGCAUAGAGAUAACAAAAGAUGAGUCAAAGCAGAGUAAUAGCUUUGAAACAAAAAAUUUAACAUCCAAUGAGACUCAAAUUAAAUCUGAGGAAUCUCUUGGCCAGCCAACAGCUAAUUCAGUGAGUGAAUCUACUGCGGUGGCCCCAGCUGAGACUCAUUUACCCUGUGAUACAUCUGAAGAAGUCAAUUCUGAAAGCCAAACACCAGAGACACCUGUGCCUCAGGAAUGUAGUAAGAAAGAGCUUAAGUUCGUGGAGACAGAUGAGAAAAAAUCCAACAAUUUACUUGACAAAGAUAGGAGCCAGGAACCCUCCACUGAGAAGUCUUCAAGCAAAGAUAAAUCAAAAGACAAGCAGUGUAACAACUCUGCAAUGGCUGAGGUAACAUCCAAUGAGUCCAAACCAAAAUCAGAGGAAUCACUUGAUCAGCCAACAGCUCAGUCAUUGAAUGAAUCUACAAUGGUGGCCCCUAGUAAGGCUGAUUUAGUAUGCAAAACAUCUGAAGCAGUCAGUCAUGGAAGCCAAACACCAGAGACACCUGUGACUCUGGAGAGUAGUAAAAAAGAGCUUGAGAAAGUUGAGACAGAUGAGAAAAAAUCUAAUAGUCUACUGGAUAAAGAUAACAGCCAGAAACCAUCCACAGAAGAAUCUUUGAACAAAGAGAAAACUAAAGAUGAGUCAAAACAGAGUAACGGCUCUGAAACAGAAGUUACACCAAAGCAGCCCAAAUCAAGUCAGUCUCGCUAUCACUCGUCGACAGUGAACGUCAUAUCCAGCAGCAAUCUGCGAGACGACACAAAGCUUCUGCUGGGACAGAUUUCUGCCAACUCCCAAAGUAGGAAUGAAGCCACAAAAGAUUCCCCUGUCACAGAUGACGAGAAAGAAGACAAAGCUGACAAAAACGCCAAAAACGAGAAGGGAUUGGGGUACAGGACGUUAAACAGAGGGUCUACUAAAUCAGUUCAGGAGCGCGAGCAACUGCUGGAGAAGAUUCAGACCAUGAGGAAGACGAGGAAAGUUUACAGCCGUUUUGAGAUGGCACCUUGAGAGGAGUCUAAGGAAAGUGAUAAAAGGGAAAGAUGUUUUUGAGUCUGCAAGGUUCUUUCUGCUUUUGCUGCAAACAGGCUUAUUACGCACAAAAGUUUAAGGGGACCAGUGUUGCAUUAAUUUACCAUCAAUAGAUACAUCCACCAACGACGUUCCAUGUUCAGUAAAGGACUUCUGACUGAUGGCAUCGGAACUGUACGACCAGAACGGACAGGAAAUGGGUUCAGAAGACAUUCAGCAUUGUUAAAGCUGUGUUUACUGACUGCAUGGGUAAAGUGCAAUGCAUGUUUUUGCGAUGACACCUGUUGUGGCUAAUAGCACUGAAUCUAAAGUCCACUUGUUAUGUGACCUUAUAGGAAUCUGAAGUAACCAGUUUGUAAAACUGGUAGAACUCUAAUUUGUUCUGUAAUAUAUUGCUUGAAUUCACUUUUGAGAGAAUAUGAUGGAUAUUCAUAGAUUAACCUGUUAAAACAGUGGAUGUGUACAUUUUCAUCUAUGAGUAAGAAAGAAAACUUGAACUUAUGGAGCAACAGAAAUGGAUUAGCAGCCUUAGUACUGAAAUAAGUCUAGAGCAAUAUUUGGACAGAAUGUGAUGUUUUGCUCACUUAACUUGAGAGACAUUGAAAUCAACCUUUGUUUGUUUUCAAGGUGCAGUUUGUUGUAUUACCCCAAAAUUGCCAUUUUAAUUUAGAGAAUUUCUUUGUCCUUGUAAAUAAGAAUCUCAUUUGAAAUUAACAAGCUUUGUUUAUUUGCAUCUUUUUGUCGCCAUAUUUAUAAUUUCUUAACAAAACUUCUCUGACGGUGAAACAGAAAGUGUUAAAACCCAUUAAUGGUGCAUUAAGUCAAUAAAAACCUUGUUCCCAGAG